AACUACCCUUUUGCUCCAGGUUUGACCUACCGACUUGUUAAAAGGAAAGGAAAGCCGCCGAUAUAACUAAGAUGUUCUUUCUCUAAUCUCUAGGGGUAUUUAAAGUAAUUAACACAACAAGAGACUAAGAGAGAGGCUGAUCAUCAUUUCACUUGAGGUUAAACUUAUAUAAACCAAAGUCCGAUGUCAGAGUACAACUGUGGUUAGUCAAGAAACUUGAUCCCUUUAUAAAGCAAGAAAGAAAAAGCCAAAAAGCCAGCCAUGAACCAUAUGAUAUCAGAAAUGCUCCGUUGUUUUUUGACUGCAACUCUGAUGAUAGCAUUCGAUUAGGGUUUUCGAUAGGCUUUCCCAACUCAUCUAUUCCAACUCCAAAUGGCGUCCUUCCUUGCUCUAAAGGUUACUCCAUCUGCAACUCGAGAUCGGAUCUUCUCCGCCUCUUCUUCCUAUUCUAUUUCUCUACAUUCCAACUCUGCCUGCGACAUCCCAUUCCCCGUUUCGCUUCCUUUUCAGUGCCGGGGCAGGAAGAUUGGGGGUUUGUCGAUAAAAGCGAUGGCUGUGUCAAAGUUCAAAGGAACGCAGAUGAGAGAAAAGCACCUGACGGAGAUGAUCGAGAAGAAGGUUCAAGAGGCACAACAAGUGUGCGAGGGGGACCAGACGUCGGACGAGUGUAAAGUGGCGUGGGACGAGGUGGAAGAGGUAAGUCAGGCCAAGGCCGAUCUUCGUAGGAAGUUGGAGAAACAAGAUCCCUUGGAAUCCUUUUGUCAGGACAACCCCGAGACGGAUGAGUGCCGGAUCUACGAGGAUUGAGAGAAAUGAUCUCACCGCCGCUACCACCACCGUUGUUUGAUUGCUCGCUCUUCUCUGGAUAAGGAUUGAGGAGGGCUCUGUUUUCCGGUGUGGGUGCCUUUCUUCCGGCUCUGGAUGAUUAAGUAGAUAUACAUGUUGUAUAAAUAGAAGUUUAGAUUAGAUCUUUGAUCUUGUUGGUCACGUCCUCCUCCGGACUUCGUUUGAGUAUUGAUCAUCAUCAAUUUUGAUGCCACAUGUUUGUAUUGUGUAAUUGUUUGUUUGUUUGUUUGUUUGUUUGUUUGUUUGUUGUGGAUUUGCAACUCUUUAAAAUACAAAAAGUGAUGUUGUAUUUCCUAAAUUGCCUCCCUCUCUUUGCUCUUGGCACUUUGAGUCUUUGUGUGUCGACUCUACUAUUUUGAUCUCCUCCUCCCACAGUCCCACUGUGUUUUUGGUAGUAGAAUGAUGGAAUAUCCUCCUCUCCUACCUCCUUUCAGGAUUUCUGCUUUCACCGUUUGAAUUUUGAUGGACGCCUCCGUCAAAGUCAAGUAUGGGGGUAUGGGAUGGGCUACCCUGGGCUGGAUUAGACUUAAAAACAUAUGAAGCCCCUGUUACUGUUAGUCUCGACCCAGUCUGGGUUUGUGUAUUGCUCAAAUUGUCGUGUCGGACGUAUAGCACCUCUGCAGAAAUCGAGAAUCUGAGGUUGACCCAAUUACCUGUCCGAUUUAAAUCCAUAUUUUCACCAAGGAAGAACCGUUUAUGGGGCCCAAAUAGUGGCUUGUGGCUACCAUAGUUCCAUUUCUUUUCAACGGCCUAGUGUAUAGUAAUAGGGAAAACAUCAUCGUCAUCGUCUCUAACGGCUAGCGCUAAGCCUUUGAUCUUGUUCUUUCUGUCUUCUUCGUUAUUUAUUUACAGGACUAGAAUCCCUUAUUUAUUUACAGGACUCACUCUUGUUCUCACUACGGACGCUCGCCCGUCCGCGUACACCUUUUAGCUCAUCGAUCGCAAGUUAGACAGACCUAAAAUGGUAAAACCUUUGGUGACGGGGCGGGCUUAUAAUGAACCCUCCAACCCUGAACCCCCCGAGUCUAACGACAAGCUAAAGAAGGAAAGCUAGUGGGCAGAGCAAGCGACGGCGUCUCCAGAUCGUCCUCCUCCUUACUUUUGCUAAGACAUGUCUGUACUAGCUGACGACCAAGAGACGCUGUCGGCUCGCGAAUUUCUGCUUGGCCUUGGCGCCAUUUAAUAGCAGUUGGCCGGGUAGCCGUCAAAUGUUGUGACUGGUGCGGCCGUGGAGAUGUUGUGAGAUAGAAUAUUAAGAAUCCUGACAAGAAAAAGAGAUGGAGAGGCUGCCGUAUCAGCUGGUAUCAAUUGGUAGACUUCUCACCGGCUUCCAAGUACCAUGCUAAUGCUUAUUAUGCUCUUGAUGAUGAUGUUGUCGUUGCGUUGCCGUUGAGUUUGAAGAGGAAGAGGAGGAAGGAGUUGACAGCGGUUAUAAUGCGGGCCACCAGGUGGAAAUAAGGACAAAGAUGAUGCGCUUGAAGCUAUGGAAUUAGGGAUUGAUGAUGACACUCAAUGACGUAUGUUGGCUUCAGAAGAAAAUCUUUGCUGGUGCAUAUGAAGACCAACUUGUAAAGGCACUUAAGCAGAAGGCGAUGACAGGGACUAGGCUCAUGGUGCUUCUUGAAUUAGCCAAGUUAUUGGAAUCACAUUAUAUUGUUUCCUUGCUCAACAGUAUAAUGGAACCACAUUGAAUAACUCCUUGCAAUUCUUGAUGGAGGACAAUGCAAGCUGUGAAGUUCUCCAGUUAUAUAGUGCUGGUCACGAAAAUUCUCUUGCCCUAUGGGUCUUCACUUUUUGAUUCAUUAAACUGGAAUGGAUUAGGUGAAUUGUAACCUUAUCGAGGACCUCUUUGACGAUGGAAAUGUGCAAGUGUUGAUUUCGAUAGCUACUUUUGUCAAUUUGUCAUCUCAGAACCGUGAUUCUCAAGGAUACAUGGAUUUAUAAUAUUGAGAAAGGAGCACCGAUUAAGUUCAGUCUUCUUGAAAUCAUGCAGAUGCCAGUCUCAUACAAAAAGACUGGCCAAAGCAAACUGCCUUUCAUGUAUCAGCUGUUUUCUAUUGAAGGUUAGUUUAUAUUCCAAAUUGGCCAAUCAGUUGAAUGCAGAAAAUGUUAUUGGAACAGUUCAGAAUGCUAAAUAAACCUGCCAUUGGAUUGGAUUUUAACUUUUCAGUUGCCUAGAAGAUGGACUCCAGUUGAAGUUAUGUGGAAAGUAAAAUGUAGUAUAUAACAAAGUUCUGUUUCUACUUCUUAUAAGGUCAGAUUCAACCUUGAAAAAAUUUUGAAGGUAGGUUUGCUUAAUUAAAUGAAUAAACAUUUAGGUU